UUCGAAUGCUGCUAUACCCGGAGUCAAGAUUGUCCGCCUGGGCUUGGUGUCAGAAGGGGAAUGCACCUUCUCCGCAUUCUUCUUGUUACACAUCAAACUCGAACGCAUAUCGGUCAGAGAACCGUAACUCAAGUUCCGCCAGCCCCCGACCAAUACAGUCUCACCAGAGCGAUAAGCAUCGUGUUGGAGACUGUCAACGGGAACGGACGGGUCGGACCUGCAUUAUGCAACCGAGACAAGAUCAAGUGCUGGAGAAGCAGCCCCGAUGUUCUCAUACUCAGGCAUAGGAAAAGGUUCGAUGCACCCCGACUCCAGCCCCGCGUUUAUAAAAAACACUACAUCACAUUGAGAUACCCGAAUCAGUCUGUACAAUCACCCUCGAAUCCUCAUUGACUGUCCAUUGCCAAGAUGCUCCUUGCAAGCCAAGUCUUUUCCUUGACAGCUUUGUUAUGGGCUGUUAUCCCUUUCGUCGGGGCCAGUAAUCAACCUCGUGGAUUCAAGAAGCCACUGACGCCAAGUGUCGAUCCCUUCUACACGCCCGACGAUGGCUGGGAAUUGACGCCUCCUGGUACCAUUCUCAAGUCACGUCGAGUGGCAAUCGCCUCAAUUGUUCAAGGCGUGCCAACGGCCCUUGAGUCUGCGCACCAGCUGCUUUAUCGAACCACCAAUGGCCGAGGACUUCCGAAUUACGCAAUGAAUACGGUGUUGAUCCCGUACGGUGCCCAGCUGGAUCUCCUAGCCUCCUAUCAUGUCGGGUACGACUCGCCAAAUAACGAUUGUUCUCCAUCAUACGGGAUUCAGCUUGGCGCCUCAACUAACUCGAGCGAAACGCUCAUCGAGCUGGUAGUGGGAAUGCUGCCAUACCUCAAGAAAGGAAUUCCUCUCAGCGUGCCGGACUAUUUACAACGCACCGCCGCGUUCAUGGUCGGUCAGUCAGCUGCAUACGCCGUGCUGGACUCUCUCAGGGCGGUGCGCAAUUCGAAGAAUAUAACGGGGAUAUCAGAAGACGCAAUAACCACAAUACAUGGAUACUCGCAAGGUGCCCUGGCUGCGUUAUACGCAGGUUUGUAUCGCCGCUCGUAUGCCCCCGACGUCCGCAUCGACGGGGCCGCCCUUGGGGGGAUGCCUACCAACAUCUCCGAGGUCUUUUACGCCGUAGAAAAGACUAUAAGCGCGGGUCUCGCUGCUGCUUCUCUCAUGGGGAUCGCUCAUGUCUAUCCUGAGCUGAGAGCGUACAUUGACAAACAUCUCCUUCCGAAGUAUCGACCGCUGUACGAAAUCACACAGCAGGAAUGCAUUGCCGACUUCUACAAACCGGUCUACGGCUACGCUGUGCAUCUGAUCGGGCAAAAUGUGUCAACAUGGUUCGACAACGGCCGAGCCAUCAUCUCUGACAACAUAGAGCUGUUCAACUUCGUCGGGGUGCCGGGGCUGCUUGGGAAGCCGGACUUUCCAAUGUUCAUCUGGAGGGGGACAGAUGAUGAGGUUGCGGUGGGUAUCGAGGAGCAUGAUGCCCUGGUGCAGCGCUAUUGCGAUGAGGGACUUGCGAUCGAGUACCUGCGCGUCCACAAAACCCUCCACACUCCCACCAUUCCAUUUGGACUGCCUGGGGCUCAUGACUUUGCCGCACGUGUCUUCAAGGGGAAACCCCCGACCAAGUGCACGACAAAUGAUUUGUGGCCAUGAAACGUGUUAGUGUGGAGGAAUCAGCCCUGGAAUCAUGUGCCUUCUCCAAUACUUGUGAUCAAAAUUGACAUGGCUAGUCCUAUGAAGGGUGGCGCUGAUGGCUCGAUGUUUUUCUGGGUAGGGUAGUGAAUAUGCUGCACAAGCUAUUGUUAGACCGGGGUACUCUGAGUACCAUGGUUGUGACAGGCGGAGACAUCCCUUACAGCCCCAGGUUACGAUCAGCCUUGACACUGUUUCUCCAGCUGUAUAUUGUUAAAUGGCUGGCUGGCUUUCUGUCCCUUAUUCUAAGCGGCUCCCUCACGCGCGGUCGUAAAUAUUUGUAGGAUAUAUGGUACUGCAGCGCAAGAGUACCCAGUCUCAUGCCGCAUGAUGGUUUACCUUCCGUUCGGCCCUAAUUCCUCUAUCUCAUGAUCUUGGGCAAAUCCCGGUUUGGGGGAGCUGAGGUAUGAAUUUCC